AUCAAACAUGGCCGUAAGAGCAGCGCAGCGGCGUAUAAGUUUUAAUAAUCGCUUUUAUAAUAGAUAUUUCGUAAACAGCUUUGCGAAAUUCUCGACGCAGCAAAAAGAAGGAAGUGAUGAAGUUGUUGAUGAUGAAUUUCGAGUAUUAGAAUUAUAUCCUACGAAAAAGGAUGUGAAGAGAUCUGUUAUACGUUUUCAAGAUGCACAGGUUGCACCCCCUCGAGAAACAAGAAUGCCCAUCGAUCAAGAUUGGCCUAGUGUUUGGCCUACUGCAAAAACAUUUAGACCAUCUGUAGUGCCUUUGCCUGUUUAUCAAGGUUAUGACCAGAAGAGAGCACCACCUGGAAAAUAUGCUAAUGCUGAAUUGAUGAAAAUACCAAAUUUUCUUCACCUUACACCACCUGCCAUAAAAAGACAUUGUGCUGCUAUAAAGAAAUUUUGUACAGAGUGGCCAAAAGGCUUAGAAACUGAAGAAGAUUAUGAUAAGCAUUUUCCUGUUGAAAUCAUCACAAGUGAUUAUUGUCAUUCUAGUCCAACUAUUCGAGAUGAACGUUCUCGUAUAGUCACUCUCAAGGUGAAAAUGAAGAGCUUAAAACUAGAUUACCAUGGUCGUGACAAGUUGUUACGUUUAAUUGGAAAUGACAGAUAUCAUAAAGGAAGUGAUAUCAUCACCAUCAUUUCAGACAGGUGCCCACUUAGAAAACAGAAUUAUGAUUACUCAAUAUACCUUCUCACUGCUCUGCAUCAUGAAUCUUGGGUAACCGAACCAUGGGAGCAUGAAAAAACUGAAGCAGAUAUGGAAAAAUUCUUUUUUGAAAAUAGUAGAAUACAAAAGCAUAUAACAGAAACUGUAAUGAAAAUAAAGUCAACUUCUAAUGAAGAAAAAGCUUUGGCACCAAUGGAGAUUGAAAAAUCUCAAGAAGUAAUUGAAUAUGGAGAUGCUGUAACAAAGCUUAUAAAUGAAGGAGAAGAUGAAACCACUAUUAUGGAUUAUAAAAAAUCUGUACUGAAAGCUUUAGGUUUACAAGCAUAAUUAUACAUACAUUGAUCAAGAUUUGUUGUUCAAUUACUACUUAGUGUCUGUUAUUAAAAACAUUAUCUAUUUGUG